GCCCACCUUCCAUCUUCGCAUCUAAGCUCCACUUCUAUCUCCACGAUUGCACCAGCUCCUUUGUUUCUGCCCCCUCGCCAGCUUAGAUCGCGCGACACACACUGGACGAUAUGCCUGCCGAAAGCCCCGAGAUAGCCGAGAGCGUCUCCCUGCUCAAGAUCGAGGAAGAGGGCGGCGAGGGCGAGCAGUCCGCGCCGAAGACGUGCCCGGUCUCCGGAGCCUCCGCCAGCGCCGACAUCCCCAAGAGCAUGCCUAUCCACGUCUCCGACGGUCUCUCGCUCCAGACCGACACGGACGACACGCUCUCCGUGCACUCGGACAAGUCCGAGAACACCGUCGGCUCGUCCAACAUCCUCCACCAAGAGGAGAAGCAGACGUGCCCCGUCGUGUUCACGCAGGAGGUCGACGAAGACCUGCUCCGCACCUCGCUCGAGGACCGGAUCGCGUACACCACCGACUUCCUCAACUUCACCGACCGGGAUUCGAAGAUCAUCGCCGAGAUUGGGCCGAUAGUGAAUCAGUUCAUACCCGGGAUGGUGGACGAUAUGUACGCGAAACUGUUUGAAUUCGACGUCACGAAGAAGAUUUUCAUGGCGAGGAACGAGGGUUUCAACGGACCCCUUCCUGAGAAGUUGGAAGAUCUCACAUUAGACAGCCCUCAGAUCACCUUCCGUAAAGUGUUUUUGAAGUCCUGGGCCCGUCGUGUGUUGACAACGGAUUAUUCGAAUGGAAAGGCGUGUUUUUUCUAUUGUAUGGGUACUUGGGCAUACAUGGACAAAGUCGGGAUAAUGCACACCGGCGAAUCUCCCUUCAAGCACCAGCGGACGAUGGGCAUCCCGCCACUGAAUGUCCCAUAUCGGGACUGCGCGUUGACGCUCGGGUGGGUACAGACCGUUAUACAGACCGCCAUCCUCCAGGUACCGGAGGAACGUCUGCCCAUGGCGAAGAAGAUCGAGGGCAUCCAGGCCCUUACGAAGGUUAUGUGGUUACAAAACGACUUCUUUUCCCGGCACUACGUUAAGGAAUGAUUGAACAUAAUGCAGUCCCGAAUGUAUCGUCGAUCUGUAUACUACUACUAUAAUUGCCUACCUUGAUACAACUGAGCCCGGUGAGCAGAGCUCCGCCUGAGAGCUCCACGAUCAAGCGCUUUUCCUGCAGAGGUAUCGGCGCGCAUCGGCUUCUGAUGGGGAACCGUACUCGCGAGUUGACCAGGAGCGAAAUGGAAAGGCGUACGCUCACCACGAUCGCGACGGCUUGUGCCACGACCAGUCGUCGACCUCCGUUGCCGAGGCGUACAGUUGCGCCAGUACUUCGCCACCCACACCCUCUUCCUCUUCAUCGUCCUCGCUCGACGUAUGGAUUAGCUCGAUGUCCACGACGGCGCUGAGUUCCUCUGCGAGAGCACGAUCCAACUCGCGAUAGAACAUCGACUGGGACUCGAGAUCGGCCAGGAGCCGGAGCCGCUUCAAGUUGCCGCUUUCCACCCUAUGAGUAAUCAUGCCCUUGCAGGUCACAUCGCUAACCAGCGUUUCGCCGGACAACGCCAGGACCUCCAGGCCCUGGCAGUGCGUAUCUUGCCCGUAGACGUCCAAAGCGUUCACCCAGUUCCCGAGGUAGUAGCAAUGGUAGACCGUCAGGAAACGCGCGCCGGGGAAGAGGGCGAGGAGGCCCACGACGUCGCUUGACCGGCAGCCCUUGAAGGUCACGCUCUGCACGCCGGCGUACGGGUUGGCGCCACCGUCGGCGAGCUCCAUCACGUACCCGAAGCUCUCCUCCGUGCUAUCGUCGACCGCGUCGCUCGCGGAGUGGUCCGUGAAGUGGACGGCCUUCAGCACCGGCGCCCGAAGCAUCAGCAGGAUAUCGCACAUGACGGCCCACUUGGCGCUCUCGAGAUGGAGGUAGAGUAGCGAUGGAACGUGGAAAGGUUCCGAACCCUGGAACGGCCCCCCGACCAGGGGUACGACGCCUCCCAAUCCGAGGCUGAGGCAUUGGAGGUUCGGCGACGCCUGAAGGACCAGGGAAAGGGAUAAGAGGGUGUGUCCACUGUCGUAACUGGCGGGGAUCCCCAGGUGCAGCGCGGUGACCCCGCUCAUGAUGUUGAACCCGUGACGGCUGAAGCAUUGCUCGAUCCGCAUAACAGCGAGGUUGGGCGAUGACACAGUGCGUCUGACCCUCGUAGUCGGGCUCCAGCGUGGGUGGAGUUGAUAUAGCUCAGCCUCGGUGUAAAGUGGAUUGUAGUCCGUGAGCAGGAGCUCUUUCAGGGCGGGUAUGUGAACAUCCGUGAGCAAACGCAUAACGAGCCCGGUUUCCUCAGCACGGUGCCCUCUGAUUUCGAGAGUUUCCCAACGAUGCGAAUAUCUCUUGAGCGACUGUAUGCAUAGCUCGAGUCGGUUAGCGACGUCGUAAGCCGCUGCUUCGGCUUCGUUCGGAUCAUUGGGGAGGCGAACGUAAGGCGGGAGGUCGAGCGAGAUGUCGAGAGGGAGAGAUCCAGAGUGUCGAAGGUAGCGGUCGACCUUGCGGAAAUCGCGGUGCGUGGUGAUUUCUAUCCGUGUCCAGAACGAGGGGUAAUCCUCUAUGACGCCUUUCCAGAAUUUGCAGACUCCCGUCAGGUAACCUGCAUCGUGAGGCCCCAAUGCAUGAUAAUGUUUUGAUAUUUCCAGAACCAGCUCAGUCGGAAGACGAUCAACGCUUGCGCUGUUGGAAUAGCCCACGUUCACAGGUGGACUGAGGAUAAAGCCUAGGCCGGUGCAUCCAGUAGUGAACUGCGGCAUCAGGCAGACUGUUUGGCCUCCUUACGAGCCGAGAGUCCAAAAGUGUGCCGCGGUCGCUGAUCUCCCAUCCUCGCGGGCAAAUAUAUAGCGAUCCUAACAGCAAACAACAUGGACCUCAACAAUGAUUUCUCUCCAAUGGCAACUCGUCAGCCAAGCGCCUCGUUGCAUACGAUAAGAUCGAGCUCAUGGCCACAGCUCCGCGGAGUCAUCACUUGUACACUGCCUAGGCGAGCCUCGAGGAUGUAAAAAGAGCGACAACAAUGGACUCGACGGAGCGUCCUUGAGCUCGAGGUAUGCGG